AUGGAUCCAGAAUCAGGAUCUACUGAAGAGAACCUUUCUACCACUUCUUCGUCAUCAUCAUUUGUACCAAUUGAUGGAAUUCAAGAUGCAAUUCAAAUUAUUGAUGAGAACAAAGAAUUCAAUAAAGAUAUCUUACAAUAUAUAAAGAAGACCACUAAGACUUUAGGUAAUGAUUACCAUAUAAUUUCCGUAUUUGGAUCUCAAUCCACUGGUAAAUCAACUUUAUUAAAUCGUUUAUUCAAUACGAAUUUUGAUGUUAUGGAGGAAUCAAGGCGUCAACAAACUACCAAAGGGAUUUGGUUAGCUAGUUCUCCAGUUAUUUCAACUUCUGAACCUAUCAUACAUCCUGAAACAGAAGAGUCCCUUCUUGUUAUGGAUGUCGAAGGUACUGACGGAAGAGAAAGAGGUGAAGAUCAAGACUUUGAAAGAAAAGCCGCAUUAUUUGCCAUGGCAACUUCUGAAAUUUUAAUACUUAAUAUUUGGGAAACUCAAAUUGGUUUAUAUCAAGGUGCUAAUUUAGGACUUUUGAAGACUGUUUUUGAAGUUAAUUUAUCAUUGUUUGGAAAAUCAAAAUUAGAAAAGACUAAUGAUCAUAAGGUUUUAUUGUUAAUUGUUAUUAGAGAUCAUAUUGGAACUACUCCAAAGGAAAGUUUAGCCAAUAUAAUAGUACAAGACUUAAAUCAAAUCUGGGAUACAUUGAGUAUUCCUCCUGAAUUAAGUCAUUUGAAAUUUGAAGAUUUCUUCGAUAUUGAUUUCCAUGCUUUACGUCACAAAGUAUUACAACCAAAAGAAUUCACUGAAGAUAUUCAACAAUUAGGUGAUAGAUUCAAAGGUUUUUUUAAACCCAAUUAUCAUCAUAAUAUUCCAAUUGAUGGUUGGACAUUAUAUGCUGAUAACUGUUGGGAUCAAAUCAAUAAUAAUAAAGACUUGGAUUUACCAACUCAACAAAUUUUAGUAGCUAAAUUUAAGUGUGAUGAAAUCAUUUCAAAUGUAUUUGAAGAAUUCCUUACAAAAUUCAAAGAAUUACCUAAUUUAGUCAAUGAUGAUUAUGAAAAUUUUGGGUUAUUAUUAAUUGAUUUAAGAGAAGAUAUUUUAGAGAAUUAUAAUUUAUCAGCAUCAAAAUAUAAUAAGACUGUUUAUGAACAAAAAUAUGAAACUUUGAAGGAGAAAUUAAAUGAAAAGUUUAAGGAAAUUUUUGAAACUCAUGUUAAAAGUUUAUCUAAAGAGAAGCUUGAUAACUUUAAGGAAACAAUUUCUGGAUUUAAGGGUCAAAAUUUUCAUGAACGAGUUUCACAGCUCAGUAAUGAGAUUAAGGAAGAAUAUUCUAAUCAAUUGAAACAAAUCUCAUUAAAUGGAGAUAUUCCAUAUGAUCAUCAUUUGAAUGAUCUCGACAAUCAGUUAGAUUCAUUAGUGAAGAAACAACAAGUUAUUGAGUUACAAAACAUUGUUAAUAAAUCAAUCAAGAAAUUAGGUAAUGGAUUAACUAAAUAUAUUCAAUUUGAAUUAAAUGAUCCAAAGCCAGAAUUAUGGAGUAAUGUAUUAAAUAAAUUUAAUGAAACAAGAAAAGAUUUAAUUGAUAUUGACAAAGGAAAUGAAAUUGAUUUUAAAUUAGGUACUAGCCAAAAUCAAAAUGUCGAGGUAAUUGAAAAAUUUAAAUAUAAAUCAUGGAUUAAGUUUUAUGAGAUUAAUCAUAAAAUCAUUUCUUCAGGAAAUUUAUUAACUUUAAUAAAGGAUAGAUUCGAUGAUAAAUUUAGAUAUGAUGAGAAUGGGUUACCUAAAUUAUACAUUGAUGCUCAUGAAUUGGAAGUUCAAUUUGAUAAAGCUAAAUCAUUUGCUUUAGAUAUAUUACCAAUUUUAACUAUUGCUAGAUUAAAAGAUGGUAGUGAAAUUGUUCCAGAAUUUGAUAUCUUUAAUAAGAGUUUACGUGGUAAGUAUCUAAGUGAAACCGAACUUUCACAACUUGAGGAGAAUGAUGAUGAAGAUGAUGAUGACAUUGCAGAUGAUAAAUGUUUUGCUGAGAAUAUUACAGAGCAAGAAAAGGCAGAAAUUUUAAGUAAAUUCAAGAAAGAGAUUGAUGCCAAAUUCAUUGAAACUAAACGUUCUCUUGUUCAACAUAUUACUCAAAUUCCAUAUUAUAUUUAUUUAAUUAUUAUUGCAUUAGGGUGGAAUGAAUUCAUGGCUAUUAUUAGGAAUCCACUUUUAUUUUCAUUAUUAUUAGUUUUGGGUGCAGGACUUUAUAUAUUAUAUCAAUUGAACUUAUUAAGACCAGCUCUUGUUGUUGUUCAAAGAUUGAUUGAUGAAGUUAUUCAAGUUGCCAAAGAGAAAUUGCGUGAAGUUUUAAUUGAUGAUUAUCAAAUCCAGGGUAAUAGAUUAGAAAGAAUUAGUGGGAAUAAUAUCAAUAAUGGAAAGGAAUCAGCUGAUAAAUCUGAAAAUAUUGAAUUGGAUGAUUUGUAA